UUGUUAGCAACAUUAAAAAUAAACUAAAUGUUCUUUAUUUAAAAACUAUGACAUUAUUGAUUUUUGUUACUAUAGAAACACUCUUCAUAAUACCUUCGAAAUGUAACGUGCUUCCAUUUAUUUCAGCUGAAAUAAAUCUUUAUUUUCCUAAUACAUUUCUUCUCGCCGACGGCGCAAUUAAAGAAGAAGAAAUGUAAUAUUAUCGUUUUUUUCUUUCGCCGUCUUGCAAGGCUGAGCGGCGCAAUACGAAGAAAAACGCAAGAUUCAAGGCUCCGCCAUAUGGUCCUUCAACGGAAAAGAUCAGCGCCGAAGAUGGAAUCACGCAGUAAAUUACAUUGAAGGUCAGAAAUCAUUCUUUAUCUCGUCGACUUGAAUGAAGAGCCGAGCGGCGCUAUAUAAAAGGAUAAAGAAUGCAGUAAUACAUUUUUUCUCGCCAACGGCGCAAUUAAAGAAGAAGAAUUGUAAUAUAUCGUUUUUUCUUUCGUCGUCUUGCAAGACUGAGCGGCGCAAUACGAAGAAAAACGCAAGAUUCAUAUAACGCAAUGAUGCACCAACUAGCGCUAUCAUGAAAGCGCGUGCAAGCAACAUUUAAAUCGUUUCGUCUACAUUGUGGUAAACGUGCAAUCUUGAACGCAUCCCUUCGUGCUCGUGCGGGCGGCAGCAUUGCGCAGUCCUCGAGUGCGACUAGCUCCUCGACCAAUCGCAGCGCCGUACGUGAACGCCGAGAACGCAACACACUGCGCUUCAACUCACAGCCACUGACGUGACGACGCCAUUAUCCGUUUCGUGUUUGAACUAUUUAAUUUCUUUACCGAAAAACAUAUUUAGUAAAUUAGUCGUGUAUUGGUGUAUUCCAGUAGUGUGAAAUUGUAAUAUUUAAGUGUAUUAGUGAUUGUUUAAGGCAUUUUAUACAAAAUUGUAAUCGUAAAAAUGUCAGAGGCUGAACAGAAAGAAGCCAUAGCGGCGCGAGGUCGCGCUAAAGCCUCUAUCACGCGCUUGAAAAACAGCCUUGACCGCGAAGCGCUCAUAAAUUCACCGAUAGAAUUAGUUACAGUAAAAAGGGCUAGACUUUUGGAUGCCUUUUCUGACUACGAACGCCUUACUAGCAAGGUUGCCUCGCUUUUUUCUUCCCCACCAGCUACCCUCGCCAGCGAUGACGAGGAGGUGGAAGAUAACUACAUUUUGUUGGUAGCGCAGCUAGAUAGCAUCAUAAAUGUUAUCCGCCAAAGGGACAAUCCUCAAGUGAACGCCACAAGCAGCAGCGCAACUGGAGUAAGUGUAAAGUCGGAGAACCUCAAACUGCCUCGGAUCGUGAUAAAAACAUUCACAGUUGUAAAACAGCAUCUUGCUGCUCUGCGAAACUUGGGUGAGCCUGUAGAUAAGUGGGAUGCCAUAAUCAUUUGCAUCCUAUCUAAGAAGAUCGACCUGCCUACCUACAGAGCAUUUCAACUGGAGCGAAAUAACAAUGAGUCACCCACGAUUCUCCUGACACAGCCGGAGUCCAAUAAUGGAAACCUAGCAACCUUCCAGCCUACAGUGACUGCAGGCAGUGCAAGUACUUUAGCACCGAGCAUUACAACCUCGAGUGCUGCAACUACGAGUACUUCAAUAGCAUGUGCCGCUACAUCACAAGGACCUACGCUUGUGCAGACAGCAUUUGGCGUAAUCAUUGCCGGCCGCACGCAGCUACCUGCAAGAAAUUCUGAUCAGGUCACAUCUUUGUUUUGUAGUAAAUGCAAUGACAAUUUAAGCGAACAGUUAAGUGCAUUUUGGGAAACUGAAAAAGUACCUGAAAUUUUUCCAGAAAAAUUACCAGAGCAAGAUUACUGUGAAAAGCUUUUUAGGGAAACCACAAAGCUAGUGGAUAAUAAAUAUGAGGUCUCACUGCCCACCAAGGUCCCUUUAGAGCAAAUCAACUCUGAGUUAGGGGAAUCUUUUCACUUAGCACUCAAUAGGUUUCUUAAUCUAGAAAAGAGGUUACACAUGCCAAAAAAUCAAGCUCUUUUCACUGAAUACAAAAAAUUUAUAGAUCAAUAUGUUGAUUUAAAUCAUGGAGAAUACAUUGACAUAAAUAAAUAUGAUUUAACUAAAGAUCCUGUGAACUUUGUCCCUCAUCACCCCGUGAUUCGCUUAGAAGCACGGACUACAAAGCUCCGUUGUGUUUUUGACGCUUCAAUGCGCACAAAUAAGAAAGUUUCUUUGAAUGAUAUGCUUCUAAAUGGCCCUGUGGUGCAGAGAGAUCUGUUUGACAUACUAAUAUUGUUCAGAGCUGACAAACUCUUUUUUAUUUGUGACAUAAAAUCAAUGUUCCGCUGUGUUAAUUUAAAUCCAGCUCAACGAUCACUACAAAACAUUCUUUGGCGAGAGUCCAAAAAUAAUGACAUAAGGUGUAUUCAACUUAACACGGUAACUUACGGCAUGAAACCAAGUUCCUGGUUAGCCACAAAAUGUCUUAGUGAUCUUGCAGAAAGAAAUGAACAUUCUAUGCCAUUGGCAGCGUCAGCUAUAAGAAACAACACAUAUGUUGACGAUAUUCUAGUAUCUUGCAGCUCUGAACAAGAACUAGCACAAACGCAAUCACAGUUGGUCAAUAUGCUCAAUCUGGGAAGUUUUCACUUGCACAAAUGGGCCUCGAAUUGCAUGCCAGUCUUAGAGAGUGUACCCAAAGAAAGUCACUACUUAGGAGAAGUAGAUCUCCAAAAAGAUCAUGCCUUUGUGAAGACGCUAGGCAUUCACCUAGAUGUCAAGUCUGAUGUCUUCAAAAGCACACGCCCUGAGCCAUACAAUAGUUCAAACGAUUGUAAACGCGACAUUUUGAGCUAUAUAAGCAAAUUUUACGAUCCAUUAGGUCUAAUAGGUCCUGUUUUCGUUCGCGCAAAGGUUAUUAUGCAAAUGUUAUGGGCAGCUCAUGAUCUGAAUUGGGAUUCCACUCCUCCAGAUAACAUUCGUAAAGUAUGGACUGACUUUAUUGAUGAUCUCUCUCUGAUGGAGCCAGUAGUCAUACCGCGUUGUGUCAAGUCAGAGCAAACAGUGGCCAAUCAGCUGAUUGGAUUCGCUGAUGCCUCGUCAGUGGCCUAUGGCUGCUGUUUGUACUUGCGCACAAUAGAUGAGCAUGAUAAUGUACGUACUGAGCUAUUAUGUUCAAAGUCUCGAAUUAGUCCAUGUAAGAAAUUACUUAGUACUGCAAGACUUGAAUUGAAUGCUAGCUUGCUCUUAUCUGGUCUAGUAAAACGGGUUCAUGACACUCUGACAAUAAAAUUAGACAUUCAUGAAAUCCAUCUCUUCUCUGACAGUCAAAUAGUGCUGGCAUGGCUAAAGACAGACGUUGCAAAAUUGAUGACAUACGUCGCAAAUAGGGUCCGAGCCAUCAAAGAGUUGACAGAUGGCUAUCAUUGGCAUUAUGUAAACACUAAUGACAAUGCGGCGGAUUGCCUCAGCAGGGGUCUCUUGCCUCAAGAUAUCGCAGGCCACGCCAUAUGGUGGCGGGGCCCGAUAUUCCUGCAUAAUAAAAAUUAUAUUUUUUCAGAAGAAUCACCCAUGCCUACCGAUUUGCCAGAACUGAAACCUGAUCAUACUAGUGCUCUGUGCCUUACAACCACGACGCACGACCCUGAUCUCUUUCAAAUAAUAAAAAAGUUCUCUACUAUAGCGAAAAUGACUCGUGUUCUUGCAUAUAUCCUUAGGUUUUGCAAUAAUGUUAAACCAACUUCUGAGAAUCUUAAAGGCUUCUUAACUAUAGUCGAACUCAACAAGGCCCUCAUGUUAAUAGUCAAACAUGAGCAAGCUCAAUUCUUUUCAGAUGACUUAAGUAUGUUGCGAUCUGGCAAGCAGCUUAAAGGUAAUUUAAAACCACUAACUCCCUUCCUUGAUGGUGAAGGCAUCAUACGAGUUGGUGGUCGAUUGCAAAAUGCGUUGCUUCCUUAUGCUGCACAGCAUCCGGCAAUAUUGCCAAAACAGUCGCCUAUAACAAACUUGCUUAUAAGAAAUGAACAUAUAUGUUUACUACAUGCAGGACAAAAGUUAGUCUUGUGUUCUCUAAGGCAAAGGUUCUGGAUAGUAGAUGGUUUACGUACUGUAAAAAAGAUUAUACAUAAGUGUAUAAUAUGUUUCAGACUGAAGGCGACUGCAGCAGCUCAGCUGAUGGGUUCGUUGCCUGCAGCACGCGUCACUGCCUCGCGCGUGUUCCAGAGGGUAGGCCUCGACUUCGCUGGGCCGGUCUCAGUCAAGAAUAGCCGCAUCAGAAAACCAGUAAUUGGAAAGGGAUACAUAGCUCUGUUCGUAUGUUUCACUACCAAGGCUAUACAUCUUGAGCUCUGUAGUGAUUUAACGACCGAGUGCUUUCUCGCUUGCUUCAAACGCUUCAUAGCGCGUCGUAACCUGCCCAGCGAGGUCUAUUGUGAUAAUGCAUCUACAUUCAAGGGUGCAAGGAAUAAAUUAGCCGAGUUGUAUCGCCUGCAUGCUUCUCAAACCCAUAAACAAACUGUGACCUCAUUCGCAGCUCAAAAGGGCAUACAAUUUCAUUUUAUUCCUAGCUAUAGUCCGGUGUUUGGCGGUAUAUGGGAAAGCGGAGUGAAGAGUGCGAAGCACCACCUUAAACGUGUCGUAGGUAAAAGUCUCCUCACCUAUGAACAGCUUAAUUCCGUGCUUGUUGAGAUAGAGGGCGUACUUAAUGCCCGGCCCAUUACAGCGGUAAGCAAUGAUCCAGAAGACUUUUCAUAUCUCUCUCCAGGACAUUUCCUUACUGGUGCUCCUCUAAAUACUUACCCAGAACAAGAUGUAAGUAAUAAACCCACUAAUUUGCUUAGGUUCUGGUCUACCAUAACCUGUAUGAAGCAAACCUUCUGGAAGUAUUGGAGUAAGCAUUAUUUAAAUCAAUUACAAAACCGACCUAAAUGGCAAUCGGUUACGCCAAAUGUAGCUAUUGAUAGUUUAGUCAUACUGCGUAGCGACAAUUCACCUCCUCUCGAGUGGCCCAUGGCGAGGGUAACUAACUUGUUUCCAGGAAAGGACGGUAUAGUACGCGCAGUCGAAGUACGCUUGGCAAAUGGUCAUACUCAUAAUAGGUCAAUCACAAAAAUAUGUGUACUGCCUAUAGAUUUAUAAACUAUUAUGAAGGUAUACAUAUGUAUUUAUUUUUAGUGUAAACAAAGAGCUUUUGUUUACAUCUACUAAGCUAUGGGUUGAUUUAUAUGCGCUCGGUCUUAGUGCUAUUUAAUUUUGUUAAAUGUUAAUAAUUAAAUGUUAAACUUAAACAUGCCUUUAAAAUGUAAAUGUAAAAUAGAACUGAAAUGUAAUAUUAUAACAUGAUGUUUAGCGUGUGCGUAACAUAAAUGUAACUUUAAGUUUAUCUUAUCUUCUAGUAUACUAUGCAUAUCUUGUUUAACUUAUGUUAAAUGUUGCUCAUGUUAAUACGCUUUUAAUUUAAUAGGAUUUCAUUUUAUUCUCGAGGCGCAAUAAUGUUAGCAACAUUAAAAAUAAACUAAAUGUUCUUUAUUUAAAAACUAUGACAUUAUUGAUUUUUGUUACUAUAGAAACACUCUUCAUAAUACCUUCGAAAUGUAACGUGCUUCCAUUUAUUUCAGCUGAAAUAAAUAUUUAUUUUCCCUAGUACAUCUUUUAACUAUAAAUACCUACAGUCCACUCAGCUCCACCUGACCAUGGCUCCGCCAAUUA